CAUCAAAUUUAGAAAUUAAGUAAAAGAAUCCAAAAGGAAUAUUUAGAUCAAUGAAAUUGACUCGAGUUUCUGGUCUCUUAAACUUUGACUCAAAUGCGCGAUAUGCUUGCAAUUAGAUGAUGCAUUAUUUUGUUUAUGGACGAGGCAAAAUAGAAAGUUAACUAAGAAAGGGAGAUGUUCCUUAGAAAGAUUGGUAUAUUUCCUUCAUAAAUAUAAUAAGUAAUUAUUUAACUUAAAUUAGUUGAAAAUGUUUGAUGAUUAACGGAUAGCGAGGUAUGUUCAGACAUAUAUGGAUAAAAUCAAAAAAACAAGGAAUACGGAAGAAAUUAGAGUAGAGAAUAUCAUAAAUACAAGUGAGAUGAAGAAAUUUCGCUUUUUAUUAAAUUCUGCUAACCAAUAAAUAUUUGCAAAACGAUAUUGUAAAAUUUAAAAUAUAAAUUGA